UUCAGUUAAAAAUUUAUUCUUCACAGCAUAGACCUUUUUACAAGUUGUGACCCACAUCACAAGAUUUUGUAGGUUCUACUGAACACAACCAGCUGGUCUGUUUGGUGCUACAGCCUGGUGGCGAGUUUGAGAACUAUUUUGUAUGUUGUUGUUUAUCCAAGAUGACGCUGUGUGCUGACGCUGCAGGAGUUGACAAUUUGUCCUUUCUCAAUGACGACCAGCUAUUAGAGCUUUUGGAGAACUCUGAUUUGGAAGAUUUUGAUAUUGAUGAAGAAGAUGUGCCACAACUGCAAUUAGCUGUAGCUAAUGAAAUGGAAGCAGACCCACAACGGUGUCCAUCACCACUGAACUCUGACAUUCCACUACAAGUCCGGAUGGAACAAGAAAAGCUCAGACAACGGUGGAGAAUAAAACCUUGGGAAACGCCAAUUGUGGCACCCAUCAUUGAACUUCCAGUGGAGGAACUUCUAGGCCCUAGUGAAUACUUUGGACGGUACCUUACUGAAGAGCUGUUUGAGUUAAUGGCUGUAGAGUCUAAUAAGUAUAGCUUGAUGACUGCAGGUAAAGAGCUAAACACUUCACUAUCUGAACUAAAAAAGUUUUUUGGGAUCCAGCUGAUCAUGGGUACUAUAAGAUACCCAAGACUUCGAAUGUACUGGGACCAAAAGUACAGACUGCCAGCUGUGGCUGAUGCCAUGUCGAGGAAUAGGUUUACAGAGCUAAGGCAAAACUUACAUUUGGUUGAUAACAAUACUGUAAACAAAAAAAACAAAACAAAACAAGUUCUGGAAAGUCCAACCCAUUAUAGAUGCUGUCAGAAACCGUUGUUUGGUAUUGCCUCGCCAAACAGGAGAUUACAGCAUCGACGAGCAGAUGAUUCCAUUUCUUGGUGCCUGCCCUAGUA